UCAGAACAUGAAGAGUGCAAUAUUCGGAAAUUCCUAUGUUAUUUGUGUGAUUUCUAUAGUUUUGAUAUUGGUAUCACUAGCAGAAUGCAGAGAACCAAGUAGUAUUAAAUUGAACAGCUUUGACUACCAUGCAAUCAAUUGCCGAAAACACAAUGCAGUUUUAACAGAUUUUGGUGCUGUUGGUGACGGCAAAACCCUUAACACAAAGGCAUUUAAUUCAGCAAUAACCAAUCUUAGCCAAUAUGCAAAUGAUGGUGGUGCACAACUUAUUGUUCCACCAGGUAAAUGGCUAACUGGAAGCUUCAAUCUCACAAGCCAUUUCACUCUUUUUCUCCAAAAGGGUGCUGUCAUUCUUGCAUCUCAGGAUGAAUCAGAAUGGCCUAAAUUAUCUUUUUUACCAUCUUAUGGAAGAGAAAAAGAUGCACCUGAUGGAAGGUUUAGUAGUCUCAUUUUUGGAACUAACCUCACUGAUGUUGUAAUUACCGGUAACAAUGGGACAAUUGAUGGACAAGGAUCUACUUGGUGGGACAAGUUCCAAAAGAAACAAUUGAAAAUCACUAGGCCAUAUAUGAUUGAGAUUAUGUAUUCUGAUCAAAUCCAAAUAUCAAAUCUCACUUUGAUCAACUCUCCUAAUUGGUUUGUCCAUCCAAUUUACAGCAGUAACAUAAUUAUAAAUAGACUUACUAUUCUUGCACCAGUGGACGUUCCAAACACAGAUGGCAUAGACCCUGACUCGUGUACAAACGUUCUAAUUGAAGACAACUACAUUGUCUCUGGUGAUGAUUGUAUUGCGAUUAAAAGUGGAUUGGAUGGGUAUGGAAUCAAAGUUGGAAAGCCAUCACAAAAGAUAAUCGUAAGAAGGCUAACAUGUAUAUCCCCUAAAAGUGCGAUGGUUGCAUUAGGCAGUGAAAUGUCAGGUGGAAUCCAAGAUAUUAGAAUUGAAGACAUCACAGCAAUCAACACAGAAUCAGCUGUUAGAAUCAAAACAGCCGUUGGUAGAGGCGCAUAUGUGAAGGAUAUAUUCGUCAAAGGAAUGAAUUUGAACACAAUGAAAUAUGUUUUUUGGAUGACAGGGGCUUAUAAGUCACACGCUGAAAAUGGAUUUGAUCCAAAAGCAUUGCCUAAAAUUAGUGGAAUAAACUAUAGAGAUAUUAUUGCUAAGAAUGUGACAAUUGCAGGACAACUUGACGGAAUUUCUAAUGACCCUUUCACAGGGAUAUGCAUUUCUAAUGUGACUAUUGAAAUGAGUGCACAGAAGAAUAAUCUUCCAUGGAAUUGCACUGAUGUUUCUGGAGUUGCAAGUAAUGCGGUUCCUAAACCAUGUGAUAUGCUGCCAGAGAAGAAAAUCGAAUGUCCUUUUCCAACAGAUAAACUACCCAUUGAAAAUGUUCAGUUCAAGACUUGUAACUUUCAAAGUUAAUGUCUUAUGAUAAUAUGGAUGUCAAUUUUGUUCUU